AUGGCACUCAUCGCUCCUGAAAUGAUUGUCACAUGGGCUAUGCGCCAGUUGUUUAGCGCUCAUCAAGUUACAAGACAGUUCAAGGAAUCAGGGUAUCCCAAUGUUCGUCCGAAGUCUGAAGAAACGGAUUUUGUUGAAGCACCUGCAACUAGAAAUCGCUUCACUCGCUUACUUCUCCGCUUGCCUUUCGUUCGCCUUUUGAUCCUGUGUGUUAAAGCUAUAUUAUCUGUGCUGUUGUCUCUCUGGCAUUUCAUUUGUGCUCCCUUGAGGUGGGUCACAUGCUGGAUUGAAUUAAAGCAAUUCGAGUCCGACUCGGAAGGCAAGCCCCAUUCGUGCUCACCUGAUUAUACAUGGACCCAGACGCAUAGCUUCUUUGCGCUGAUGGGUGGUUUCAUGCUUUAUGUGGACGGAGAACCCUACCUUACACUACGUCCUGAAUACAUUCUCGAACUGAUACGUGACGAGUGUAUCGACGUCCCUACCAUAACAGCAAACCAGAUCCAUGACAAGAGCAAAGGCAAUGCAAUAUCGAAAGGAUUGGUCAUGCUUCAGGUGGCCUGGUUCGUUAUGCAGCUCAUCGCCCGCGCCGUCUAUCACCUCGAAACCACUCAGCUCGAAGUGGGGACACUCGCUUUUGCGGUCCUCAGUUUCCUAACUUAUGCUAUGUGGUGGGACAAGCCUCUCGAUGUGCGAUGUCCACAUCCAGUAUACUGGAAGUCAACUGUGUCAAGGCCAGAGGAUCAUAUCGAUUUCAGUAAAAGAGAUGAAUUUGCUCGCCUUCGGUACUUACCUCGAUUCUUCCGCCCCAUUCUAGAACUGAUAGGCUGGGUUGACAUCCCCACGUCUCGAAAGCUUCGAGUUCCAACAUUUGAUGGCAGCACCACUAUUGAAGACUCGAACAAGAAGGUUCUUCGGCUUGCUGCCGUGCUUAUGGCAACCAUAUUUGGCGGCAUCCAUCUUGUGGCUUGGUUUUUUACCUUCUCCACACACCAGGAACAGGUGCUAUGGAAAAUAAGUGCCAUCGCUAUUACUUGCACACCCUGGAUUUGUUUGAGUCUCUACUUAGACUCUUUAGCACGGCGCCUUUCCGAUUCAUCACGUCGCCUCAUGUGGGGUGUGUAUGGUCUGAUUUGUUUUACAUUUGUCGUGUUCUACAUCACGACUCGUGCCGUCCUCUUGGUACUUAUGUUCACCACUUUGCGUAAUCUUCCUCAUGACGCAUACACGGCGGUGCUGUGGACCAGUUUGGUGCCACACUUAUAG